AUGGGGGCGGCGAAGGCCGGGCCCACCUCCCAACGUGGGGGUUGGGCGAGCCAAACCCCAGCCGCAGGCGGAUCCACGCAAGCGGCGCCACUAGCGGGGGACGCAGGUUCCGCAGUGCCAUUGCGGCCACCGUGGCCCCUGCGGCCACCGCAAUGCGCCUGCGACCGCCGCGGGCAGCGCACAGAUAAUAAUUAUGAAAAAGGGGAUAAAUGGAAAAAUACACCCUACCGUGAAAACAAAAACCAGUAUAAUUAUAGACAAUGCAAUAAUCAUAAUGGUGAAAGAAGAACUAACAAAGGGGAAAUUGCUAGUAACUGGAAUAAUAGAGAUUGGACCAACAAAGUAAGCAAUGAUGGAGGAAACCAUGGUAAUAAUGGAAACUAUGGCGACGAUGAUAAUGGGAACAACCAAAAUGGAAAUAACAACAAUGGAAACAAUGGUAAUAAUGGAGGAAAUGGAAAUUAUCAGACUAAUAACUAUGGUUGCAAACCACCUAUUACCAUUGAAAGCAAAACUCAUUAUGAGAUCUUAUCUCAUAAACCUAAUACCUUGCAGAAAGAUUUUAAAACAAAUACUACCAUUGAAAAUAACAGAAAGGCUGCUGGGAAAAUUUGCAAGAGAGACAAUCCAAAAUUAUAUAAUCCUACAGCAACAAAAAAGGAUGAGUUUGGACAAAUCAUGGACAUGCUGAAAGAUAUGAAGGAUUCAAGUGCGGCUAUGAACAUAAUGCUAGAAGAUGUCAUGAAAGAACAUGGGAUGCAUGUGGGCACUCCCUAUGGGAAAUGGGCCGAAUUAAGGAGAUCCAACGGCGACCAUGGCCGAAGAGGGGCACAGUAUAGAGAAGGGGGACGGCGUGGCCAACGCCUCCCAUUGCACAGUGGGAGGCACCGCCGACCACUAUGCAAUGCAUAG